GAAUCUCCGGAAGAAACUGGGUAGUACGAGAGAAGUAAACUUUGACUUCCGAUGUGGUAAUUCCAAAAGCAACAAUUGAAGAAAAGUUGAUAAUCUGAGAAAAUUUUAAAUAAAAGUGGUCGUCAUGACAAACUAUGAGGAAUCCAUUCAGCCCACUAGUGACAGCUUUUGGGAAGUGGGAAAGUAUCAGAGAACUGUGAAGCGUGUAGACAAUGGUUACAAACUGUGUGACAGUCUUCGAAGUCUGAUAGAGUCGAGGAGCGAGAUCGAACGGAAUUAUGCCAAACAGCUAACACAGUGGACCAAAAGAUGGAAUGAAUACUUAGACAAAGGACCUGAGUAUGCAACUACACAAGGUGCGUGGAGAGGAUUGCUGCAGGAGGCAGAUAGCGUGGCAAACCUUCACACCUUGGUCGGAGAGAAUCUCAUGUCUAAAGCUUACGCAGACAUCAAACAGUGGCAGAAGGACAAUUAUCACAAAUCUAUGAUGCAUUUCAAAGAAACAAAAGAAAUGGAAGAUGGUUUCAAAAAGGCACAGAAACCAUGGGAGAAGAAAUAUACAAAGCUACAAGCUGCCAAAAAAGAGUACCACACAGCGUGUAGGAAUGAAAAAAGCACGGCCAACCAGGAGAAUAAUGCACGCGGAGACUCUGCUGUGUCACAAGAUCAG